ACAUGCUCCACAGUCCAACGCCAGAACAGAAGAAACCAGCAGAGAGACGACGAUAGAUUCUUGCUUUUCAGUGAUAUGACCGCUAAUGAAUCCUUCAAAUCCAAGUUUCUUCUUCGUUGAUCCAACCGUUUUUCUCUAUCUUCUUCCCUGAAAUACAGUGUUUCUUUUUCCGACUGUAGCAUUUUAUCUGCGCUUUUCCUCCCGGCAUCUAGAUCUAAGCUUACUGUAGACUCUUUGGUUGUUUCUAUUCGAUUUUCCCGAAGAGUGAUUGAUUGAAUUAUCCGGUAUGAAAGAAGCAAAACCGGUUAAGUUCAAUCUUCAUCAGCAUCAAGAUCAUCAGAAUGGUCAUUUGGCUCCAUUCAAGCUCGCUAAAUUAAUCGAUCCAGAAGCCUCAUGGGACAAGGACCAACUGGGAGAUGUUUUGCACUGGAUUCGACAAGCAGUGGCCGUUAUACUUGGACUGUUGUGGGGAUCCAUACCUUUGGUUGGAGGCAUUUGGUUUUUAAUUUUCUUGGCGAUAUCAACCAGUGUUGUAUAUGGAUACUAUGCAAUGAUAUUAAAAGUCGAUGAAGAAGAAUUUGGAGGCCAUGGAGCUCUCCUCCAAGAGGGCCUUUUUGCUUCUAUAACUCUCUUUCUGCUUGCUUGGAUUCUCGUAUACAGUCUGGCACACUUUUGAUUGGCGAAGAAUGAUUUGACAUCCUGAAAAUUACUUGGUGAAGUUCCAACAAUGAACUUGGUUAUACUUGAUGCCCUGCUUAUUUACGAAUGCUUCUAAUUGAUGGCUCAAAUUUUAUUUUUUUUAACAUUCAUCAUGUGAACAAAUUGAUUUAGAAGAGCAGGAAAACUUUAGCUUCUGAUAAAUGGUGAUAGAUUGAUUUUCGAUCUCAAAUUCAUUGUUGACAUUCUCCAAAGGCCACAUAGAGAUGAUGGGCUAUGGAUGUAAUCCUUGUUAAGACUAUCACCCUGUAUUGUCAUCAAUUAAUAGUUAGUCAGGCACCAAUAACGUUGUGUACAUUUGAUGGUCUUAAGCAAUGGUUUCUUUUUCCCUGCACCAUCCUUAGAGAAACCAGCAAGCAGUUUAUGCGUUGGAAAUAUGAAUGUGGUAGAAUGAUACGAGUUCAGCGGUAUAGAACAUUGUUUUUGGUUGGAUUGAAUGAUUUUUCAACUGAAAUAAGUUCUGUGAGAUUGCCUAUUAUGUCACUUGAUUGGAACUUAACAUUAUGAAUCACUAAACCAUAGGGAACGAAGAGGAAGCUUCAUUUUCUUUACCUUUCUCUCUUAGCGUAGCUUUUCUCUGCUUUUUAGGAAGAGGGAUAGAAAGACUGCAAACUGUCAGAACACAACAAUGUGGACGACUUAAUCGAGACCAAGGAGGUUGGAAUCAUUAAUAUGUUUUUAUAAUUAACUUUUGUUGGUUGAAGUGUCUUUAUAGAUCAGAAUCAUUGUUGGGAUUCUGGAGAAUAUAGACUAAUAGUUCUUCUUUUCUUUUUUCUUUCAAAUGUGUAGUUAAAUGUUAGGUCCAUCCUUUUAUACUCCAUCUCUAGUUAGUUCUGUUUCUUAGAAUCA